GAAAGUGUUCAGUCUCUGAGCUCAAACUCCAUUUUGAAUUGCCGCAGCAGUCAAAUGAAACCUGAGGCUGAGGCAGGACUGACUGAGGGUCAGAAGGUGAGUGUUUCUGUGAUGGAAGACGAGGACAGACCAGAGUCUCCAGGACCCAUCUGUCCAUCUGUGAAGAGUGACCAGUCCAGAGGAUUUCUUCUAGACUUCAGUAAUGAACCUGGACCCUCAGACACAAAAGGUCAGGACCAGAGACUGAGACCAGGGUCUCCAGGAUCCAUCUGUCCCUCUAUGAACAGUGACCGGUCCAAACGUGAACCUCUAUUCUUCAGUAAUGAACCUGGACCCUCAGGCACAAAAGGGAAGAAGAGGACAGGUGUCUCUGUGGACCAGCAGCUGUCCUGCUGUGCUUUGUGUCAGGACGUCCUGAAGGAUCCAGUCUCUACCAGCUGUGGACACUGGUUCUGCAGACAGUGCAUCAGCUCAUACUGGGACCAGCCUGGUCCAUCAGGAGACUCCCCCUGUCCCCAGUGUGGAAAAAGACCCAGAUCAGGACCUGGACCGCAGACAGCCAGUCAGAGCAGCUCUGUACAAACAGAUGGUGGUCUGCAGGAGGGUUUAGAUGAACAUAAGAUCAGUCUGAGGAGGAGAUGUGAACGUGUGACUGAAGGAACUGAUCAAACAGGAAGUGGAACCCUCCUCAACAGGAUCUACACUGAGCUCUACAUCACAGAGGGACAGAGUGAAGAGGUUAAUACCCAACAUGAGGUGAAGCAGCUGGAGACUGUUUCCAAGAUGAAGACCCUCCAUGACGCUCCAAUCAGGUGCCACCAAAUCUUUAAAGCCUUACCUGAGCAACAGAGACGCAUCAGAGUCGUCCUGACCAACGGCGUCGCUGGCGUUGGAAAAACCUUCUCAGUGCAGAAGUUCAGUCUGGACUGGGCCGAGGGCUCGGAAAACCAAGACGUGAGUCUGCUGGUUCUGCUUUCGUUCAGGGAGCUGAACUUGGUCAGAGAUGAGCAGUACAGUCUCCUCAGGCUGCUCCAUGUUUUCCAUCCAACAUUACAGAAGGUCCCAGCAGAGAAGCUCGCUGUCUGGAAAGUCUUGUUCAUCUUUGACGGCCUGGAUGAAAGCAGACUUUCACUGGAUUUCAGCAGCAGGGAGGUCGUGUCUGACGUCACACAGGAGUCAUCGGUCAACGUGCUGCUGACAAACCUCAUCCGGGGGAAUCUGCUUCCCUCGGCUCUGGUCUGGAUAACUUCCCGACCGGCGGCGGCCAAUCAGAUCCCUCCUACGUGCGUGGACAGGGUAACAGAAAUACGAGGCUUCACCGACGCCCAGAAGGAGGAGUACUUCAGGAGGAGAUCCAGUGAUGAAGAGCUGUCCAGCAGAAUCAUCUCACACAUCAAGACGUCCAGGAGCCUCCACAUCAUGUGUCAGAUCCCAGUCUUCUGCUGGAUCUCUGCUACAGUUCUGGAGCACAUGUUGACCACAGAGCAGAGAGGAGAGCUGCCCAAGACCCUGACUGACCUGUACUCACACUUCCUGCUGGUUCAGACAAACAGGAAGAAGCACAAGUAUGAUGGAGGACAUGAGACCAGUCCACGGGAGCUGAUGGAGGCUGACAGGGACGUUCUUCUGAAGCUGGGGAGGCUGGCGUUUGAACAUCUGGAGACAGGAAACAUCAUGUUCUACCAAGAAGACCUGGAGCGGUGUGGUCUUGAUGUCACAGAGGCCUCGGUUUACUCAGGAGUUUGUACACAGAUCUUCAAAAGAGAGAGUGUGAUCUUCCAGAAAACUGUCUACUGCUUUGUUCAUCUGAGCAUUCAGGAGUUUCUGGCUGCAGUCUACAUGUUCCACUGUGUCACCAACAGGAAGACAGAGGUACUGAAGGACUUCCUGGGAGAACACUACAAACACCGGGACUCAAACCCACAAUCUCCUGUCAAGGAGCUUUUUAAGUAUUUCAGUGACAUUCGUGACCCACCUCUGGAUGUUUUCCUGAUUGGAGCCAUGGAGAAAUCCUUCAAAAGUAAAAAUGGCCACCUGGACCUGUUUGUUCGCUUCCUUCAUGGCCUCUGUCUGGAGUCCAACCAGAGACUCUUAGGAGACCUGCUGGGUCAGACAGAGACCAGACCAGAGACCAUCCAGACAGUCAUCAACAACCUGAAGGAGAUGAACAUGUACAACAUCUCUCCUGACAGAAGCAUCAACAUCUUCCACUGUCUGAUGGAGAUGAACGACCUCUCAGUACAUCAGGAGAUCCAAGAGUUCCUGAAGUCAGAGAACAGAUCAGAGCAGAGACUCUCUGAGGUCCACUGCUCAGCUCUGGCCUACAUGCUGCAGAUGUCAGAGGAGGUUCUGGAUGAGCUGGACCUGGACAAGUACAAGACAUCAGGGGAGGGACAACGGAGACUGAUCCCAGCUGUGAGGAACUGUAGAAAGGCUCGACUUCCUGGCUGUGGACUCUCACAGACUCACUGUGAAGUUCUGGUCUCAGCUCUGAAGUCCAGCCCCUCCCAUCUGAGAGAACUGGACCUGAGUAGAAACACUGAUCUGCAGGAUUCUGUGGUGAAGCUGCUGUCUGCUGGACUGGAGAGUCCACACUGUAGACUGGAGACUCUGAGGUUGAGGGGCUGCAGUUUGUCAGAGGUCAGCUGUGCUUCUCUGGCCUCAGCUCUGAAGUCCAACCCCUCCCACCUGAGAGAGCUGGACCUGAGUGAAAACAGGGACCUGCAGGAUUCAGGACUGAAGCAUCUGUGUGGUUUUCUGCAGAGUCCAGACUGUGGACUGGAGACUCUGAGAUGUCAGAGACUGAGACCAGAGUCUCCAGGAUCCAUCUGUCUGUCUAUGAAGAGUGACAACUCCAGAAUACUUCCUAUAAACUUCAGUAAUGAAGCUGGACCCUCUGACACAAAACGUCAGGACCAGAGACUGAGACCAGAGUCUCCAGGAUCCAUCUGUCUGUCUAUGAAGAGUGACACCUCCAGAAGACUUCCUAUAAACUUCAGUAAUGAAGCUGGACCCUCAGACACAAAAGGGAAGAAGAGGACAGGUGUCUCUGUGGACCAGCAGCUGUCCUGCUGUGCUUUGUGUCAGGACGUCCUGAAGGAUCCAGUCUCUACCAGCUGUGGACACUGGUUCUGCAGACAGUGCAUCAGCUCAUACUGGGACCAGUCUGGUCCAUCAGGAGACUCCCCCUGUCCCCAGUGUGGACAGAGACCCAGAUCAGGACCUGGACCGCAGACAGCCAGUCAGAGCAGCUCUGUACAAACAGAUGGUGGUCUGCAGGAGGUUUUAGAUGAACAUAAGAUCAGUCUGAGGAGGAGAUGUGAACGUGUGACUGAAGGAACUGAUCAAACAGGAAGUGGAACCCUCCUCAACAGGAUCUACACUGAGCUCUACAUCACAGAGGGACAGAGUGAAGAGGUUAAUACCCAACAUGAGGUGAAGCAGCUGGAGAGCGUUUCCAAGAUGAAGACCCUCCAUGACGCUCCAAUCAAGUGCCACCAAAUCUUUAAAGCCUUACCUGAGCAACAGAGACGCAUCAGAGUCGUCCUGACCAACGGCGUCGCUGGCGUUGGAAAAACCUUCUCAGUGCAGAAGUUCAGUCUGGACUGGGCCGAGGGCUCGGAAAACCAAGACGUGAGUCUGCUGGUUCUGCUUUCGUUCAGGGAGCUGAACUUGGUCAGAGAUGAGCAGUACAGUCUCCUCAGGCUGCUCCAUGUUUUCCAUCCAACAUUACAGAAGGUCCCAGCAGAGAAGCUCGCUCUCUGGAAAGUCUUGUUCAUCUUUGACGGCCUGGAUGAAAGCAGACCUUCACUGGAUUUCAGCAGCAGGGAGGUUGUGUCUGACGUCACACAGGAGUCAUCGGUCAACGUGCUGCUGACAAACCUCAUCCGGGGGAAUCUGCUUCCCUCGGCUCUGGUCUGGAUAACUUCCCGACCGGCGGCGGCCAAUCAGAUCCCUCCUACGUGUGUGGACAGGGUAACAGAAAUACGAGGCUUCACCGACGCCCAGAAGGAGGAGUACUUCAGGAGGAGAUCCAGUGAUGAAGAGCUGUCCAGCAGAAUCAUCUCACACAUCAAGACGUCCAGGAGCCUCCACAUCAUGUGUCAGAUCCCAGUCUUCUGCUGGAUCUCUGCUACAGUUCUGGAGCACAUGUUGACCACAGAGCAGAGAGGAGAGCUGCCCAAGACCCUGACUGACCUGUACUCACACUUCCUGCUGGUUCAGACAAACAGGAAGAAGCACAAGUAUGAUGGAGGACAUGAGACCAGUCCACGGGAGCUGAUGGAGGCUGACAGGGACGUUCUUCUGAAGCUGGGAAGGCUGGCGUUUGAACAUCUGGAGACAGGAAACAUCAUGUUCUACCAAGAAGACCUGGAGCAGUGUGGUCUUGAUGUCACAGAGGCCUCGGUUUACUCAGGAGUUUGUACACAGAUCUUCAAAAGAGAGAGUGUGAUCUUCCAGAAAACUGUCUACUGCUUUGUUCAUCUGAGCAUUCAGGAGUUUCUGGCUGCAGUCUACAUGUUCCACUGUUACACCAACAGGAAGACAGAGGUACUGAAGGACUUCCUGGGAGAACACUACAAACACUGGGAGUCAAUCUCAAAGUUUCCUCUCAAGGAGCUUUUUAAGUAUUUCGCUGACAUUCGUGACCCACCUCUGGAUGCCUUCCUGAUUGGAGCCAUGGAGAAAUCCUUCAAAAGUAAAAAUGGCCACCUGGACCUGUUUGUUCGCUUCCUUCAUGGCCUCUGUCUGGAAUCCAACCAGAGACUCUUAGGAGGCCUGCUGGGUCAGACAGAGACCAGACCAGAGACCAUCCAGAGAGCCAUCAACAACCUGAAGAAGAUGAACAUGUACAACAUCUCUCCUGACAGAAGCAUCAACAUCUUCCACUGUCUGAUGGAGAUGAACGACCUCUCAGUACAUCAGGAGAUCCAAGAGUUCCUGAAGUCAGAGAACAGAUCAGAGCAGAGACUCUCUGAGGUCCACUGCUCAGCUCUGGCCUACAUGCUGCAGAUGUCAGAGGAGGUUCUGGAUGAGUUGGACCUGGACAAGUACAAGACAUCAGGAGAGGGACAACGGAGACUGAUCCCAGCUGUGAGGAACUGCAGAAAGGCUCGACUUUCUGACUGUGGACUCUCAGAGACUCACUGUGAAGUCGUGGCCUCAGCUCUGAAGUCCAACCCCUCCCACCUCACAGAGCUGGACCUGAGUGGAAACAAAGACCUGCAGGAUUCAGGAGUGAAGCUGCUGUCUGCUGGACUGGAGAGUCCAAACUGUAGACUGGAGACUCUGAGGUUGAGGGGCUGCAGGUUGUCAGAGAUCAGCUGUGCUUCUCUGGUCUCAGCUCUGAAGUCCAACCCCUCCCAUCUGAGACACCUGGACCUGAGUGACAACAACCUGCAGGAUUCAGGACUGAAGCAUCUGUGUGGUUUUCUGCAGAGUCCAGACUGUGGACUGGAGACUCUGAGGUUGAGUCUCUGCAGUUUGUCAGAGAUCAGCUGUGCUUCUCUGGGCUCAGCUCUGAAGUCCAACCCCUCCCAUCUGAGACACCUGGACCUGAGUAAAAACUGGGACCUGCAGGAUUCAGCAGUGAAGGAUCUGUGUGGUUUUCUGCAGAGUCCAGACUGUGGACUGGAGACUCUGAGGUUGAGUCUCUGCAGGUUGUCAGAGAUCAGCUGUGCUUCUCUGGUCUCAGCUCUGAAGUCCAACCCCUCCCAUCUGAGAGAGCUGGACCUGAGUGACAACUGGAACCUGCAGGAUUCAGCAGUGAAGGAUCUGUGUGGUUUUCUGCAGAGUCCAGACUGUGGACUGGAGACUCUGAGGUUGAACAACUGCAGUUUGUCAGAGAUCAGCUGUGCUUCUCUGGUCUCAGCUCUGAAGUCCAACCCCUCCCAUCUGAGACACCUGGACCUGAGUCAGAACGAUCUGCAUGAUUCAGGACUGAAGCGUCUGUGUGGUUUUCUGCAGAGUCCAGACUGUGGACUGGAGACUCUGAGCUGGAGGUGGUGAUCUUUGUACAGGAGAGUGAGGAGGACGGUGUGUGUGUGUGUGUGUGUGUGUGUGUGUGUGUGUUACUGCGAGGUAGAGUGAGAGGAGAGCUUCAUCCAUCAGAGACUCACAGAGGAACCAGAGGUUUUUAUUCAGUAUAACUCUACAUUAUAAACACUGUUGUUUCCAGCUGCAGCUCCACCCUGUGGAACAGCUCAGUACUGCAGUUAAUUUCUGUAUAUUUCUAACAGUGGAAGGUGAAGUUUCCUGUUUAAUGUUAAUUCUCUGCUUAUUAUCACCAACAUCAGCUUUGUCUCAUAUUAUCACAGAUACAAGGUCAAAGUAAAUAAACCUAAAUAAAGUCUUUUAUUUGAUCUUGA